AAUUAUCCGUGGACGGCUUGCAUGAGCGCGCCAUAGAUGAAUAACGUAUCAGCCGGGAUGUUCUACAUACUAUAGAGAAACGUGUCAGGAAGAGCGGCAGGAUGGUUUCGCGGUCCGUCUCAGCUCGGUCACUGCCCAAGGUCUGUGGCGCGCCUGGGGCUCCCCGAUCCCGCCGGCCGAGCGGGCCCCUAUUUAACCUGGCUGCGGAGCCGGGCCGCCACUGACUGUGCCGCGGCGGUGGAACCAGUGCUGAUCGACGCACCGAUACUCGGAACACAAUGUUCAGACUGCUGGUUGUGUGCGGCUGUCUGGCGGCCUGUCUGGCUGCUCCGCAGAGACAGCAGUUCGCUCAGCAGCAGCAGCAGUUCCGGCCGACCGCGCGGCCCUCCACCACCACCCCCGUGCCGAUCCUGCGUCAGAUCUCCAACUCCAACGAGGACGGAUCCUACACUUACGGCUACGAAGCCGCCGACGGCUCCUUCAAGCUGGAGACGCGCAAAGCCAACGGCGAGGUGUUCGGCAAGUACGGCUACAUCGACGCCCAGGGCGAGCUGAUCACCAUCGAGUACGGUGCCAACCAGCACGGCUUCCAGCCGUCCGGCAAGGGCAUCACCGUGGCGCCGCCCACCCUCGUCGACGAGUCCAGCAAAGACUACGACUACAUCGACGAGGAGCCCGUGGCGCCGGUGCGCAGCCAGAGCCGCCCUGCCGCCCCGGCCCCCGCCCGCGCCCCGGUCCGUGCCGCCGCCCCGGCGCCCGCGCCCGUCACCGUGACCCGGCCGGUCGCCCAGCCGAUUGCCAAGGAGGAGUUCGACAGCAGGUUCGCUGAUUUCGACGCCAGGAUCGCCAGGCUCUUCAGCCGUGCUUAAGAGACUUUAUGUUUGCUUCUGAGAAGUGUCAUUUUCAUUUAUUUCGCUGACAAUAUAUCAUGAUGUUUAAAAAGUCACCAAUCUGUGUCUUGUGUGGUUGAAUAGCUACUUGCAGGUCAGUCAUUGUGAGAAGAAGUGGGAUGCAUCGGUGUUCUCGGUUUGCUACAGUUUACCAAUGUUCCCACCGUUCGUCAAGCGCCGACCUCUCUGGUCAUUUUGUUUGUAAAAUUGAGGGUCAUUGUAGUAUCACAUGUUGCACGGUGACAUAGGCAGCAUGAAUCUAAUUCCAGUGUCAUCAAGUGUCAUAUAUGUGUCACAAUAUAGCGCAGUAUUUCCCUCAAA